CCAAGAUAAGGGAAAAGUGGAGCUCCUCCGCGGUUUGCGGAAAGGUUCGCCGCUUUCGACUACUUUUUGCGACGGGGAGACCAACGUCCACCUGCCACCACCACCCGCGCAACCGCCGCAAACAUGUUGUAUGAGAUGAUUGGAGUGGUCCGGCCUGGCCGCCUCUCCGAAGUAAAAGAUAUCGCCAAAACAGCCGGCAAGAUCGUGCUCGACCAGCAGGGCGUCGUGCGCGGCGUGUCCAACUGGGGCACGUUUCUGCUGCCCAAGCCAGCCAAGAAGCUGCAGUCGACGCACCACUAUGGCCACCACUUCAUCAUGCGCUUCGAUGCCAGUGCGCGCGCCCAGCACUCGUUGCGCAGGACCAUGAGUCUCGAUCCGCGCCUCAUUCGCUACAGCAUCGUCAAGAUGGGCACAAAGUUCGAGGAGAUCAAAGAUGUGCUGGGCACGGCCAAGUUUCGGUGAUGGAGGGGGGAGGUGUAUCAUAGUGUACAUGAACAAGAAUUGCAUUGCAACAUGGCGUUUGGGAUUAUGAGGAUGAGCAGCUUAAGGUGGAAGUUAUGCAAGGCAAGAGAUUGGCAAAAGCCGUGGCGCAUUCACGUCAAUCUGCGCCGUUUUUGCCCUACGUCUCUUUUGGCACUGCGAUUGCCGUUGACUCGAUACCAAGCACGUGAUGUUAUCAUGGCAUUGGACUGACGGAGCAUAGAGUGAUUCCAAGUAACCGAUCAU